GAUUGAAUUCAUCACGUACUGCUACAAAAGUCGAACAUGCCGAGUCGAGAACCUCAUUGUUUCCCUCUCCUCCCCUUCCUCUUCCCUUCUCUCGGGCAUUUUUCCGACCCAUUUUUCUCUGCCAGCCAGAGCACCUCCAGUCUUUUCUCCCAACACCGCUCAACAUCCUGAUGUUGCUCUCCACUCUCUUCUCCACGCUCCUUGCCGCCGGCGCGGUUUCUGCGGCUCCGCUCGCGGCUCGGGAUGUAUCUCUGAACGCCGCGGCGGUUGCCCAAUCCCAGGUUCGGGACACCACUGCGACACGCGCGCUCUCUGCCACCACGAUCACCACCUCUGACGGCAGAUGUCUCUCCGUUGACCCUUUCUCGGGCGACUUCCGCGAGAACUUGACCCCGAUCAGCGCGGUCAAGUGCGACGGUAGCGCGAACCAAACCUGGGAUGUUAUCACCUCUGGUGUGCACAACAAUGUCAAGGGCCAGGCCCUCAUCGUCAGCGCACUGACCCAAGCCUGCUUGAACUUUGACAAUCGCCGCCAACCGGGCAACCAAGUCCUGCUGUUCUCGUGCGGCGGUCGUGCCGACGGAAGCGGACAAGUCCAGUCGGCUCAGCUGUACGCGUUCAACGGUGCCACUGGACCUCAGGCUCUCGUCCCGCAGAGCAGCAACGGCAAAACCUGCUUGACGAUCAACUCGGCGAAUCAUCUGGACCAGGUUGACUGCAAUGGUGCUUCCUCUGCAACUGGGCUUGAGCUUUUCACUUUCGGCGGAUCUGGUGCGGCCGCGGCUGCUGCCACUACUGCCGCCGCCGCCGCCGCGACGACUGCUGCUGCUGUUGCGACAACCUCUGACCCUGCUGCCGCAACCUGCGCUGGAGGAAAAACCACUGUGACCGUCACUGUUACUGUUACCCAGUCUGCGGCAGCUGUGUCCACCGCUGCAGUUAUAACGGCAGCUGCGACCACGGCAGCCCCGACCAACGUCGCCGUGGUCCAGACCACUGCUGCCGCCACUGCUGCUUCUGGCCCGAUAGCCGUUUCUGGCGCCGGCGGUGUGCUCAACCCGACUGCUGUUGCCGAGUCCCACCCGCGGGAUACCACUGCUGUGCGCGCGGCGUCCGGUGUUCCGAUCAAGGAUUCGGCGGGCAAGUGUCUCACCGUCAACCCUCAGGCUGGUGACUUCCGGGAGAACCUGAUCCCCAUCCAACUCGCCGCUUGUGAUGGAAGUGCUGGCCAGCAGUGGGACUUUAUCACUCAGGGCAUCCACAACAACCAGGCGAACUCGGCUCUGAUCGUCAGCACCCUGACCAACGGGUGCCUCAACUUUGACGACCGACGUGCGCCGGGCGACCAGGUCAUUAUCUUCUCUUGCGGAGGACGUGCUGACGGCUCUGGCAAGGUCACCAACUCACAGCUGUUCCCCUUCACGUCGUCGAGCUUGUCUGCGCCUUACGUCCUCGCUCCCGAGAACGGCAACAACAAGGUCUGCUUCGUCGACAACAACGGCCGACUCGGAAACACGGCUUGUGAUGCGACCAAGGCGGCUGCCAAUCAACUCUUCACCAUCGGCUCGGGCGCUGCUGCUGCUGCUGCCGGAACGACCGUCGCUGCUGCCACGACUGCUGCUGCCGCCGUGACCACUACCGCUGCCGCUGUGACCAGCAUUGCUGCCGCCGCAGUCACGACCGCGGCACCGGCGACUACGACUGUCGCUGCGACCGCCACUGGCCCCAUCAGCGUUUCUCGUGCGGGAUUGGCGCUGAACCCCACGGCCGUUGCCGAGUCGCAAGCCAGGGACAACACCGCCACCCGAGCUGCCACUGGUGUUCAGAUCAAGGACUCGACUGGAAAAUGUCUGGCAGUGAACCCUCUUGCCGGGGAUUUCCGGGAGAACUUGAUCCCCGUGGACGUCGUUGCCUGUGACGGCAGUGCGGGCCAGAAGUGGGACUUUAUCACCAAGGGUGUCCACAACGAUCAGGCCAACUCGGCUCUGAUCGUGAGCUCGCUGACCCAGGGAUGCCUCAACUUCGAUGACCGCCGUGCUGCAGGAGACCAGGUCUUGCUCUUCUCCUGCGGCGGUCGCGCGGAUGGUGCCGGCAAAGUGACCAACUCCCAACUGUUCCCCUUCACAUCGACGAGCUUGAGCGCCCCGUACGCGCUGGCCCCCGAGAACGGAAACAACCAAGUGUGCUUUGUGAACAACAACGGUGUGCUCGACAACGUCAGCUGCAACGCCGCCAGCGCCAGCGGGAACCAGCUGUUUACGAUCGUGCCUUGAAAAAACUGACAUAUUCUUACGACCAGCCGAGCACGCCGAGCGUGCUGCGGCUUCACGCAUCAAGCAAGACUGACAUGUAUUUUUAUCUCUAUCUUGGAUGUAUCGUUCGGUGCUUGCACUGCUAGGCUACGAUGCAAUGAAAUUGAAUACCCGUUUUUGUGUACAACAUGAACCAGU